AUGAGUUUUCGCAUCAGCGACAUCGAGAAACAAGCAGAUGCAACCACGCUAGACUCACCCCAGGUGAAAACAUCCGCGUUCAAGAGCCUCGGCCUGCUGGACCGCUUUCUCGCGGUGUGGAUCUUCCUGGCCAUGGCCAUCGGCAUCAUCCUGGGAAACUUCGUCCCCAGUACGGGGCCUGCGCUCCAGAAAGGGAAGUUUGUCGGCGUUUCAGUGCCUAUCGCCGUUGGCCUCCUGGUGAUGAUGUACCCGAUUCUCUGUAAAGUGCGUUUCGAGAGCCUGCACCGCGUCUUCAAGACCCGCCAGAUCUGGAUCCAGAUCGCCUUCAGUCUGAUCGUCAACUGGAUUAUUGCUCCGUUCUUCAUGUUGGCCCUAUCCUGGGCAUUCCUCCCAGACGAACCCGAGCUACGCCAGGGACUCAUCCUAGUCGGACUGGCCCGAUGUAUUGCCAUGGUCUUGAUCUGGACAGGCCUCGCCGGCGGCGACAGCGAAUACUGCGCGAUCCUCGUGGCGGUCAACUCCCUCCUGCAAAUGGUGCUCUUCGCGCCGAUGGGCGUCUUCUUCAUCCGGGUCAUCAGCGGCGACCAGAACAUCGACUUCCAAUACGCCACCGCGGCGCAAUCCGUCGCCGUCUUCCUGGGGAUCCCGCUGGGCGCGGCGGUGGUGACGCGGUUCGCGCUGCGCUGGGCCACCAGCCCCCGGUGGUACGACGAGGUGUUCCUGAAGUGGGCGAGCCCGUGGUCGCUCAUCGGGCUCCUGUUCACGAUCUUGGUGCUGUUCGCCUCGCAGGGCCGGCACGUGGUGCAUCAGAUCGUGUCCGUGGUGCGGGUCGCGGCGCCGCUGAUCGUCUACUUCGCGGUGAUCUUCUUCGCGACGCUGCUCGUGGCCUACCGGCUGGGGUUCGGGUACCGGCUGGCGGCGACGCAGAGCUUCACCGCCGCCAGCAAUAACUUUGAGCUGGCGAUCGCGGUGGCGGUCGCGACCUUCGGGGCCGAUAGUAAUCAGGCGCUGGCAGCGACGGUCGGGCCGCUGGUCGAGGUGCCUGUGCUGUUGGGGCUCGUGUAUGCUGUGAAACUGGUGGCGAGGAGGGUCGGGUGGAAGGAUUAG